AUGACUCCCUCGCAACAGUCCACCCAAACAGGCAUCUUGGCCAUCAUGCCCAAGCUAUACAGCCCCAUCGGCUUCACCAAGGGAUACAACUUUGUCCUCUGGUUCGUAUUCUCCGGGGGUAUGCUAGGGUUCUGCCUCGCACGGCUGAUGUAUCUCGACUUUUACGGCGUCUUUUGCUCUCCGGAUGAUUCUUCCGCGAACCAUGCCGCGCCCGGGGAAUGCUACUGGUACAACACCUACAACGUAUACCGUGUCGGCAUCAAGAUGCAUCUAUACACCAUUAUUCCAGCAGGUGUCUUGGCUUGCGUUCAGUUUGUGCCCGUUGUUCGCCACAAGUUGAUCCUGCUUCAUCGCAUCAACGGAUACAUUACGCUGCUCUUGAGUCUCGUUGGUGUCGCGGGUGCGUUCAUGAUCGCGCCGGUGGCAUUUGGCGGCGAUCUCGCGAUUCGAGGCGCCGUUGGUCUUCUUGCCAUUAUCUUUGUUGGAUCCCUCUCUUUGGCAUACUACUACAUCAAACGGCUUCGAGUCGAUCUACACCGUGCUUGGAUGUUGCGAGCUUGGUUUUACGCUGGCUGCAUCGUGACUGUCAGGAUCAUAAUGGUCAUCACAGCCAUACUCAUCUCCUCGGGCGAUGGCAAAGGUGGCUUCUUCCAGCCGAAAGCUUGUCGAGAGCUGGCUAGCUAUCUAAACAGCACUUUACUUUUACAGGAAUAUCCAGAUUGCACGUCUCUUGACGCCUGGGUCUUGGUCAAGGCCGAUCUCACUGCAGACGGACCUGAGCAUCAAAGUGCUGCGCUAGACGUGGGUUUCGGGAUGGCUACCUGGAUAGCAAUUGCCAUUCAUGCCAUUGGCGUCGAGUUCUACCUUCAACUUACACCCGGCGAGACUCGGCGCCUCCGCGAGCUAUCCCACCAGCGCCAGGCGCAGGCUAACGUUAGUCUUCAAGCUUCAUCAAAAACCAUCGUUACCGACAGCGAGAGAAAUAAUAUUUGA